GCAGUUGUUUUCUCAAAGCUCAACCCAAUCCACCAUUCGGUCUGGAAAACUCAUGAGGCUCUAAACUUUUCCUCUAUCAGACGCUACUAUGGCAGUUAGAGCAGUUAAUAGCAGCUCUAUUUUUUGCUCUUCAUCCCCUUCCCUCUCGGCGUUUCGUAGAUGCUGCUGCCUCUGCCACUUCAGCAACUUGCAGGUUCAUUGCUACCGCGAACUGAGUUCCCGGCGUACACCCCUGUUCCAUUUUCAAUCUCAUUUCUUCAACUAUGGUGGUGUUCGAAGCUGUACCUUCCAAAGUCUCGUCGAGAGCGUCAUGGAAGAGCUCAAAGACAUUCGCAGAAGCAGGAAAAGAGCUACCAACGCUUCCGUCAGGGGAUUGAUGGGUGAAGAAAUUCUUGAAGAUAGGCUUGUGAGCCGUUCAUUGCAAAAAGGGUUGCUUUUGGAGUUCAAGAAGGAUUCCGAUAAAAUAUUGCUAGCAGUUGCUCAGAGGCCUGAUGGCAAGAAGAACUGGAUGGUUUCUGAUCAGAAUGGUUCCACUUCUUCAAUUAAACCACAACAAGUGACAUACAUUGUCCCUGGUAUCAGUAACUUUGACCAAUCUGAUAUUGGAGGCUUUCUCCAGAAAGCUAAGGACAACUUGGAUCCAUCACUACUUGAAUUUGCUUGGAUUGAGCUUCUGGAAAAGAACAAGUCAGUGACAGCAGAAGAAUUGGCUGAGAUGAUUUUUGGCAAUGCCGAGCCUCUUGAGAGCUAUUCUGCUCAUAUGUUGCUUUCGAAAGAUGAAGUAUACUUCACUGUGCAGGAGACCAAGGGCUCUCUUACCAUUUACAAGCCUCGACCAACUGAACAGGUUGAGGAGCUUAUGCGUAGGAAGGCUGCAAAGGAAGCAUCUGAAAAAGAACUACAGGAUUUUGUGGAAUUGCUUUGCUCGGCAAAAUCAAUGCCUUUACAAAAUAAACCUCCCAAAGCUUCAUGGAUGGGUGAAGAGAAAAUCUGGAGUCGAAUUGAGUCAUUAGAAGCAUAUGCUAUUGAUGCAUGUAAAAAUGAUGAACAAAGAAAAACAGCUGGGAUGAUUCUUAAGGAAAUGGGUUUGACGAAAACAGCAUCUUCAGCUGUAAAUCUCCUGAUAGAUAUUGGAUAUUUUCCUGUACAUGUCAAUCUUGAUUUGUUGAAGUUAGGAAUUCCUACCAGUCAUUCAGAAGAAAUUAUAUCAGUUGCUGAUAGUCUUCUAGUAGACUCAUCUGAUGUAGAUGAAAUUAACAGGAAGGAUUUUACUGCUUUGAAGGUUUAUGCUAUUGAUGUUGAUGAAGCUGAUGAGCUUGAUGAUGCUUUGAGUGCAACAAGGUUGCAAGAUGGUCGCCUUAAAGUUUGGAUACAUGUUGCAGACCCAACAAGAUAUGUUCGACCUGGAAGUAUUUUAGACAGGGAGGCUAUGAGAAGAGGGACUUCUGUUUUUUUGCCAAUUGCCACAUAUCCUAUGUUUCCAGAUAAACUUGCCAUGAGUGGUAUGAGUUUGAGACAAGGAGAGCAUUGUAAUGCUGUUACAGUAUCCAUUGUGCUGCAUAAUGAUGGCAGCAUUGCAGAAUGUUCAGUGGACAACUCAGUCAUUAAGCCAACAUACAUGCUGACAUAUGAAAGUGCAUCUGAGCUACUUCAUUUGAACCUUGAGGAGGAGGUUGAACUAAGAAUUUUGUCUGAGGCUGCAAAUCUCCGUUUGAAUUGGCGACGCCAGCAGGGUGCAGUUGAGACAGCAACCAUAGAAACUCGCAUUAAAGUGCCUAAUCCAGAGGAUUCUGAACCAUCAAUAAAUCUUUAUGUUGAAAACCAAGCUGAUCCUGCAAUGCGAUUAGUCUCAGAGAUGAUGAUACUCUGUGGUGAAGCCAUAGCUACAAUUGGAUCCCAGAAUGGCAUCCCUUUACCCUAUAGGGGACAGCCCCAGUCAGACUUAGAUAUGUCUGAAUUUGCACACCUUCCAGAAGGACCUGUUAGGAGCUUUGCCUUGGUCAGAGUAAUGCGUGCUGCUGAAAUUGAUUUCAGGAAGCCAAUGCGCCAUGGGGUUUUAGGACUUCCUGGUUAUGUUCAGUUUACAUCUCCCAUACGUAGAUAUUUGGAUCUUAUUGCGCAUUAUCAGGUGAAGGCAUUUAUACGGGGUGCGCCUCCCCCUUUUUCGGCUGGUCAGCUUGAAGGGAUAGCGGCAGUUGUAAAUGACAGAGUUAGAACAGUGAGGAAGCUUUGCAGCAGUAGUCUACGAUAUUGGACGUUAGAAUAUUUACGAAGACAACCAAAAGAGAAAAGAUAUCAUGCGCUGAUCCUUAAAUUUGUGAAAGAUCGAAUCGCAGCUUUGUUAUUGGUUGAGGUUGGACUUCAAGCAACUUCUUGGGUGUCUGUUGGAACUCAGGUAGGGGAUGAGAUAGUAGUUAGGGUGGAAGAAGCACAUCCACGUGAUGGUGUUCUUUCUCUGAAGGAGAUCAUAAAAGAUUGACUCAAGUGCCAACAAAUUUUCUGUGAAAGACUUGUUCAAUGUCCAGUAUCUUACACAAAAGCAGGCAUUCGUCCCAUUAACUUACACUCGGCUGGGACAUUAGGCUGCAGCCUAAGCUUAUGGUUUGCAUGGAAGAAUUUUGUUAGUGCUUCGUUGACAAAUUUUCACCCUCAGACUGGUCGAGCUGUUCAAAUUUUGAAGUGUCAUUUCUAGCAGAGAAAUUUUGAAACAUCCUAACCAGCAAACUUAGCGCUGCUACAUUAUCCUGCUAGUGUACAGUCCUUCGAAGUGCCAAUUUUUCUCCAAGCGUACAGCAUCACAAAGUUAGAAGGUCCUUUGCUCCUCUCUUGUCAAGUUUCCUUGUUCUAAUGAUAUGGUCAGGAUAUGUCUGACAAGAACUGUCAAUCCGUAACUUUAAUCAAUCUGUUUAUUAUUAUUAUUUUUUCAAUAUAUUUGGAGGAUUUUUCUUCUGUAAUAUAUUUUAGCUUGAUAUAUACAUGACAAUGUAAGUUUAUCUUCAUUGAAAAUAUCUGUUCUAUUUAA